AGGUGGCCCCCUGGCUGCCUCAUUCCUGAUCCGACCAAUCAAGAUGCCGCACUGCCGUGUUAUGCAACAGGCUGCCUGCAUGUGUGCUUGGGUGGAGGAAAAUAAAGCUACUGUGUCCAACUAAUCACUCUCUUUUUUUUAAGACAACCCAGAGCUGCAAGCAGGGACCGCUGUGAGGCGUGAGGAUGAAGAUUGCUGUGAUUGGUCAGAGUCUGUUCGGCCAAGAGGUUUAUAAGGAGUUGAGAAAAGAUGGCCACACCAUUGUUGGCGUAUUCACCAUCCCUGACAAGGACGGCAAGGCUGACCCACUAGCUACAGAGGCAGAAAAGGAUGGCGUCACCGUCUUCAAGUUUCCUCGCUGGCGUGUGAAGGGCCAGGCCAUCGCGGAGGUUGUGGACCAGUACAAAGCCACGGGUGCCGAACUCAACGUCUUGCCCUUCUGCUCCCAGUUCAUCCCCAUGGAGGUUAUUGACCAUCCCAAACACGGCUCCAUCAUCUACCACCCCUCCCUGCUGCCUCGCCAUCGAGGAGCUUCCGCCAUCAACUGGACCUUGAUCCAUGGCGACAAAAAGGGCGGGUUCACUGUGUUUUGGGCUGAUGAUGGGCUUGACACCGGACCAAUUCUGCUGCAGAAGGAGUGUGAUGUUGACCCUAAUGACACCGUCAACACCAUCUAUAAUAGAUUUCUCUUUCCAGAGGGAGUGAAAGGCACUGUGGAGGCAGUGAAGCUCAUUGCAGAGGGGAAGGCUCCACGGAUCACCCAGCCAGAGGAAGGGGCCACAUACGAAUGCAUCCAAAAAAAAGACAAUUCAAAGAUUGACUGGAACCAGUCUGCUGAGGCUCUUCACAACUGGAUCAGAGGAAAUGACAAAGUGCCUGGUGCCUGGGCAGAAAUUGAUGGACAGCGAGUGACUUUCUAUGGCUCGUCGCUGGUGGAUAAUGGCACAACAACAAAUGGACAGCCCCUGGAGAUCCCUGGAGCAAGCCAGCCUGGCUUAGUCUCUAAAGGAGGCCUGGUACUGUUUGGUAAUGACGGCAAGGCACUGCUGGUUAAGAACUUGCAGUUUGAGAAUGGGAAGAUGAUCUCUGCCGCGCAGUACUUCUGCUCAGGAAACAGUGCUGCCGUGGAGCUGACUGAGGAGGAGAAAGGCUUUGCUGAGCAGAUGAAGGCAGUGUGGCAGAGCAUUCUCACCAACGUCAGUCAGAUUAAAGACUCCACUGAUUUUUUCAAGUCUGGAGCUGCUUCCAUGGAUGUGGUCAGGCUUGUAGAGGAGGUGAAAAUGCGUGCGAGUACCUGCCAAUUACAAAACGAAGACAUCUACAUGAACACCACCUUCCAGGAGUUUAUCCAGAUGUGUGUGAGGAAGCUACGAGGGGAGGACAAUGAAGACCAAUUAGUUAUUGACUACGUGGAGAAGAACAUCAACAACAUGACUGUGAAAAUGCCUCAUCAGCUUUUUGUCAAUGGAGAGUUUGUAGACGCAGAAGGGGGAAAAACGUACAAGACAAUCAACCCCAGUGAUGGCACGGCCAUUUGUGAUGUGUCACUGGCUCAAAUAAAAGACGUGGACCAAGCGGUGGCUGCUGCUAAGGAAGCGUUUGAAGAGGGCGAGUGGGGCAAAAUGAACCCAAGAGAUAGAGGAAGACUCCUAUACAAGCUGGCUGAUCUGAUGGAGCAGCAUCAGGAAGAACUGGCCACCAUCGAGUCCAUUGACUCAGGCGCUGUUUACACUCUGGCCCUCAAGACUCACGUGGGCAUGUCAAUCCAGACCUUCCGCUACUUCGCCGGCUGGUGCGAUAAGAUCCAAGGUAGCACCAUCCCCAUCAACCAAGCCAGACCCAAUCGCAACCUCACCUUCACCAAAAAGGAACCAAUCGGGGUAUGUGCCAUUGUGAUUCCUUGGAAUUACCCUUUGAUGAUGCUGGCCUGGAAGACUGCAGCCUGCCUGGCAGCAGGGAACACAGUGGUCCUAAAACCUGCUCAGGUGACUCCACUUACAGCUUUGAAAUUUGCUGAGUUGGCGGCGAAAGCAGGAUUACCUAAAGGCGUGAUUAAUAUUCUACCUGGAUCAGGUGCCGUGGUGGGUCAGCGUUUGUCCGACCAUCCCGACGUCCGAAAACUGGGAUUCACAGGUUCCACUGAAAUUGGUAAACACAUCAUGAAAAGCUGUGCAGUCAGUAAUGUGAAAAAAGUGUCACUGGAGCUCGGAGGAAAAUCUCCUCUCAUCAUCUUCAGUGACUGUGACAUCGACAAAGCUGUACGCAUGGGCAUGAGUUCUGUGUUCUUCAACAAGGGAGAGAACUGCAUAGCAGCCGGCAGACUAUUUGUGGAAGACGGUAUUCACGACCAGUUUGUGAAAAAAGUGGUUGAAGAAAUGAAGAAGAUGAAGAUUGGUGAUCCACUGGACCGCUCCACAGAUCACGGCCCUCAGAACCAUAAAGCCCACUUAGACAAACUGGUGGAAUAUUGUCAGACUGGUAUCAAGGAGGGAGCCACCCUGGUGUGUGGUGGCAAACAGGUACAGCGACCAGGGUUCUUCUUUGAGCCCACCGUGUUCACGGAUGUGCAAGACCACAUGUAUAUCGCACGAGAGGAGUCGUUUGGCCCCGUCAUGAUUCUGUCCAAGUUUAAGAGCGGAGACGUGGACGAUGUCCUGCGAAGAGCCAACGCCACAGAGUAUGGCCUCGCUUCAGGUGUUUUCACAAGAGACAUCAGCAAAGCGCUGUAUGUCAGUGAAAAACUCAACGCCGGGACAGUCUUUGUCAACACCUACAACAAGACGGAUGUGGCUUCACCCUUUGGAGGCUUCAAACAGUCUGGCUUUGGAAAAGACCUGGGUCAAGAGGCCCUCAACGAAUACCUGAGGACCAAGGCUGUGACCAUCGAAUACUGAUUCUGUUCUGCCUCAAGACUGGUGCUUUGUUCUUAAAGGAAAACUAUACUUUUAUAUGAAAUUCCCCCCAAAACAUGAACACACAUUUCUUUCCAUUUUCUGUGCAUUCAAAUAAGAGAAAAUGAUAUCUUUAAAGCCCUGUAAAAAAAACAACUCUAACAACAUUGUAUGGUUUGAUCAUGCAUUAAAAGGUACAUUGAUGAUAACAUGUAAUACUUACAGUAUCUUGCUGUAUAUGAUGCCAACUGACGGAAUAGCUGUAUCUUCCAGCAUGAGACCUGUUCAGGUAAAAAAAAUGCUCAGAACAAAUCUUUGUAGCGAUGUUGUCGGGUGUAAGUUGAGAGCCGGUAUCCACUGCUUCAGUCUGUCCCGUUGUUUUGUUUCUUGGUAACUUUGGCGUUAUUGGUAACUUUUGGCGUUAUUGCCACAACCGUCAACAAUACACUUGUGAGGCAUUAUUUACAACCUAGCGGUAACUUUUCACAGCUAACAACACAGUGGCGAGGCGUUGUGUUGGUCUGCCAGAAAUAUACAGUAGUACUUUGUGGUAGCUGCUACAAUAACAAUAUCGCUGUAGCGUGGUUAAUAUACAGGUCAGUUUUUGUAAAAAAUAAAAAUAAGUAAAGUAAGUCCCAAUGACGUACAUUGUUAGCUAGCUCAUUGUAACUCGUUUUCUCUCAUUAGUAAUAUGUGUUCAUGUUUCACAUCAGGAUGGGUACACAAAAAGUGCAGUUUUCCUUGAACAUGUAGUGCCAAUCAUACCAUAUGCCUUGUUGUCAUGGGACUGUCCUAAUGUGCUGUGAUGAUGGCGUUAGUCAGGGGAUACCUGUGAAAACGUGCUGCAUCGAAAUAUGGCUUACAUUAGGUCACAAGUGUCUUGAAAUCUGUAACGGAUGCACACUACCUUGAACCUUCUGAUUCUGCUGAGCUAAUCACGUUUUACUUGAAUCGCCCCUGCCGCCAUUGGACGGUACUGUUUCUGGAACUGCUGGACUGGAUAGAUAUCAUGAUGUCUCUUCUGUGUGUCUGACCUCAGCAAUCAGUCUGCAUUGAUUUGGACUUUGUGAUGCAUUCUUUGCUACUGUGAAUAAAUAAAUGCAUUAAUCAUC